GCCCACCUGGAUUGCAGUUCAAAUUUGUCCAUAGAAGUGUUAACAACAAAUAUCGGAAUAUUUUAUAACCCACAAUUGUUGUUGCUGUUGUUGUUGUAUCUCUCUUGCUGUUGUUGUACUUUAACCAAGCACUUUGCCGAACUAUCGAUAAAGCUGAAUAAUUGAUAAACACAAAAGCCCCUGAACAUGUAUUUGCCGAAGGGAAUCGCCACAUAUGGAUGUCUGGGAAUAUUACUGGUAUUUGCAUCGCUGACGCCCCGGGUAGGAGCUAUUAAAUGUCUAAAGUGCAGUUCGAAUGAUGAUCAAAAUUGCCUGGACUACACGAAAAUAGUGGCGGCAGAUUGUGCCGAAGGAGUUGAAAUGUGUUUUACUAGUAACGACGGCGGCGUAAUAACCCGGGGAUGCCUUCAAAAAGACCAACCUUGCGAAGCCAGCACAUGUAAAUCCUGCACAGGUGAUUCUUGCAACAACCAUAAUAUCUGCAAAAAGUGCAGUACAGACGAUGCUGAUUGCUCCCAAACGGAUGGUUCGCUCGUCAAAUACAACGAGAUUUGCGAAAGUUCCACCACCCAAUGUUUUGUCCAGGUCAAGGAUAAAAAAGUCGAACGGCGUUGUGCCACGGCCGAUGAUAGCUGCAACAAUGACACCACUUGCAAGAAAACUGACGGAUCCAUUAGCAAUGCCGGGUACUUCCCAACCAAGCGUAUCCACUGUUACCAGUGUGCCCAGACGGAUUGCAGCGAUGUUAGCGUCAGUGCUGUUCCCAAGAAACCCUGCCGUAAUUAUGUCGACAACGACGAAUGCUAUAUGACGGCCGAAAGUGCAACUGCGGUCACUCGGGGCUGUAAGUCGGAUGACAAUGCCAAGUGUGGCACAGGUGGCGGCGAACAGGGCUGUGUCACAUGCCAAACGGACAACUGCAACAAUUCCACAUAUGAGAGGCAACAGAAACUGAAAUGCAUUCAAUGCCAGGGCACCGAUUGCUACAAGGAGCAGGCUGCCGCCGAGGCCAAGGAUUGUGAAAAGAAGAUACUGUACUCGGACAAGGAAGCUUGUUUCACGCUGGUGGCCGAUGGAGACAUUCAACGCAGUUGCCUGCACAAUGAUGCCGCCACCAAGGAGAAAUGUGAAAAGGCUGGCGAUGCCUGCAAGGUGUGCAGCAAUGAAGAUGGCUGCAACCGAAGUGCAGAGUCAUCGAACUUCCAGUGCAUUGUGUGUCGCAGCGAUGAGAACAAGGAUUGCUGGAACGAUGCCUCGAAAGUCAGUGGCAAAAAAUGUCGAACGGGCGAAAGUUCACCCGAAGAGGGAUGUUUCCAUGGCAUUUGGAAUGGCGUUGCUAUACGUGGCUGUUACAUUGAUGCCGAUGCCCAAACCCAGGCCAUCUGUUCGGAUGCCAAAAACAAACAGUGUACCCUGUGUCACACCGCCAACUGUAAUACCGGCAAAUCUUCAAAUGGCGCCCAAGCUGUUGGCAUUUUUGUGGGUCUUAUCAUUGCCAUGCUUUCCGUCAUCUGGUAUACGAAUUGAAAAGCAACGAAAACCAUGGAGAAUUUUACUGUUAAAUAAAAUAAGGAA